AUGGAGUUUGUAGCAAGCCCAAAAUGUCAGUGGAUUCUUAACGAGAUUAUAUACUAUGAAUGGCCUGGUUGGCGGGAUAAAAGCAGACUGACCAAACUGGCUUGGUUCUUCUGCCAACUACUGCUUGUAGCAGUAUCGAGCGUCUUCUACAUACCGACACGGUUGGUUCGUAAAUUUUCUCAUUGCUGUAACAAUGAGAAGAUUUGGGAAUUCAGAGAGCUUUAUGAGCAUCCCUAUUCCAAGUUUAUUAACCACACGAUGUGGUAUCUGGUGUUUCUCUCAAUGAUAUUCUUGACCUCCUUUGACCACAAGUUUGAAACUUCAACGACUGGGCUGAUAUGGCGUGACUAUGUGGUGCUUUCGUUUGUUCUUGGCUUACUUCUACAGGAAUUUCUCGAAGCUCGCAGACAAGGAAUUUACAUUUAUAUAUCAAAGUGGUGGAAUGUCGUAGACACGCUGAUCAUCUUGACUUUUCUGGCGUCCUUCGCUGUGUGGUUGCUCUCCUGUCUGUACUUUAGAAAAUGGAAACCUGAGGAAGCAGCGUUUGUUCUAGCCGAUGUGUUGUACGCAAGUGCAUCCGUUAUGGCAUAUUUUCACCUGACGCAUAUAUUUCAGGUUGAUUCGAUACUUGGCCCUCUACAGCUGUCACUUUACAAAAUGCUCAAAGAUGUGCAAAGAUUCUUCUUUAUCUUCCUUGUGCUGUAUUUCUCGUUUGCUAAUGGCGUCAUAAAAGUCUACUCUUACUAUGUAACCUCGAAAACUGAACUGCAGAGAAAUUGGAACCACACUGAGAAUGAGGAAUCCCAUCCGUACGGGGAUAUCUCUUUGUUUCAGGCACGCAUGAAGGUAAUGAACGGAUUAGUUGUGGAGUAUCUUAUUGAUCGCUACGAAGAUAAAUGGAAGGAGCCCACGGUAAAAACAGGAGCAACGCGCCCUUAAACGCAGUCCUUUUCCUCGGUUUUCGUUCUUAAACAGGUCAAUACUGAAGUCUCUGGAUUUAGAUAUACACUAGCAUUCAUUUGGUGCCCGGAUAUUUGUCCGCGGACAUUAUCUGAUUUGAGUAGCGAGCAGUUCAGGAGAGCGAUACUAGAGAAUACAUGUGAGCUUCGAGGAACAGAUAACGUCAAUUUUAAAGAAAGACUUCCAUCGCAUUGGAACAUUUUCGGUCACAUCAUGCACGUAUUAAAACCGAUCGCGUGUGAGUGAACGUAUGUGAUGGAUUGAAACCGGUGAUAUUUCUUAGAUAAUAUUUCCCAAUUGUCAGAAUUUGUGUGAAAUUGCGAUGUCGGAAAACCGUUCGCAUUCCGCAAUCAGAUAAUGUCUACGAAUAUAAGUAGCGGAGUAUAUUUUGAACCAAAUAGAGGCUAUUGUGCGUUUUUCUCUGUUUUAUCCGAGGAUUUUUGAGCACCGUAAUAUUUUAGCAACAAAUCGUGCAUGAGCGAAAUUAAUUGAUGAUGAUUUUAAACAUUCUCCAGAAAAGAAAUAUGUUGCUUAAGGUUAGUCUUCAUUUGUAGCCGGUCAGACAGUUAAAAUAUCUAUAUUUGGUGUUACCAACAAUUAGUUAUCGGAAUUCAAGCACCUAACAUAUCAGUUUUUGAAUGACAGUUACAAAGAUAUGGCAUGUUUAGGUUACAAAUAGAAUAGAAAUUAUUUAAUUUUUGUAGAGACUAAACUACUGACGACGAUAUAGGGCAGUUGUGUCUUUAUAUCUACAUGUGGACCAUUUAUUUUUAGCAUAAUAUUAUACUUUCUCCAUACGUUGUUAGAAUAUUGUAGACUAAUAUGAUAUUAUCAAGCUUUUUCCGCAGGUAAUCGUUCGGCACUUUACCAAUUGGGGGAAGUGCUUCCUCGACUACAAGUGAUUAUGAAAUUUUAUCAGAAAAUAUUAGAGAUUUUUUAAUCUUUUACUCCCAAGAUCUCAAUAGUAAUUCUCCUUAUCGUCUGUCAUACAUUUCGUAUAAUGUAACUUUGGAGAAUUUGGUAUUAAAUCAACCAAUAAUCUAAUUGUUGAUAAUUUUUCUUUAGUCUCAUAAUUGUUCUUUUUGACAUUGUGUUGAUUUUGUAAGGAGCAAUUAUGCCUUAGUCACUCAUAGGAGUUCAGGGUUAAUGCAAUAACCUAUAAGCGCUGGCGGACUUGGGUCUUUUGCAUCGAAUCAACUGCAGCAUGGAGCGUUGGAAGUUGUUGUCCUAAAAAUUAAAUUGUUUUCCUAAGCACUAAGACAAUAGUUAGCAAUUUCAACUUCAAGUCAAGUUUCCGUGACGGCAUCAGAACUAGUGGCAGUUCCCGGAUGUACCUGACUGCGUGACAAGAGUUGUUGUCGAUUCCUUAGUGCCUUUAUGUAAAUCUGUAGUAACGUGCACUUAUCUAUAUGCAUGGCCAGAAACGUGUUGAAAAUUAUUUAAAUAUACGUUCUAUUUAUAUGUUCCUUCCGUUAUUGCCUCAAAAGCGAAAAUACUCAUUAAUAUUACAACAGCAUAGAUAUAGACAGCAUAAAUUUCGCAAUAAACAGAAUGGAUAUAGGAACCUGAAAA